AAAUCUUUUGCAUCAUGAUCUGCACAAGAGUUAAACAUCUCGGACUCAGAUCCACCUCGGGUCGGCAUCCUCCCCACUUCACACCUCAGAACGCACUGUUCGGCAGGCUCGCUCGAGCUCGGCUCAUUGACAGCCCUCCCGCUCAGGGCCUCAGGUUCUUCUCCUCCCUCUGUUUCUUAAUCCUUUCUCUUCUCUCGUACUCUCUCCUCCCUUGCUCUUCCUUCCCUGGCGGCGACGACUGGGCGAGCGGCGGCGCCAUUUGUCCUGUCUUCGCCCAGCCCUUUGCCGGCGACAAGCGCAUCCUCCAGAAGACCAUGGAAGGGCCUGAUUUCAAAGAGUCACAAGCUGAAUCUGUCAUCAAAGUUGCUAGAGAGCCUGCUAUCAUUAUCAAUGGUGUUCCAGACUUGCCCCCUGAUCACACUGCUGGUUCUCAACCUGAGGUAAAAAAUGAUACAAAAUCUCAAGUUGAUCCUCGUUUUGGUGAAUGGCUAGAAGGGAGGAAAGUGAGGAAGCUUUUCGGAGACACAUAUUAUGUCGGGAAAGUAGUCAAGUAUGACAGCGAAAGUAACUGGUACAAUAUCAUCUACGAUGAUGGAGACCAGGAAGAUCUUGAGUGGUGUGAACUUGAGGAGGUCCUGCUGCCGUUGGACAUAACUGUUCCACUCAAAACACUUGUUAUUGACAAAUGCAAACUUCAGGGAUCAAUUCCUGACUACAGCAGACCUAAGGUGGGUAGACCAAAGAAAGUUUAUGCUACAAUGGAUGGUAAUACGAAGAAAACGUCAAGUAUGAUUACAGUAUCCCAUGGAAAUGAUGUUAUGAACAAUCAGAUGGUUAUAGAUGGAGUAGAAGGCCAAGGCCAGCAAUCAAGUAAUGAUGCAAAGAGUGGUCAGUUAGUGACUGUUACAGCAGGAGGAAAUGCUCAAGCAUGCUUGCAGGCUAGUAAUCAAUCUAGAAAGAGGGGUAGGCCUCGAAAAGAUGGAUCUUUAUCUGCUAAUAGUCAACCUAAAAAAAGAGGCAGGCCUCCGAAAAACAGGAAUGCUUCUGGAAAUUCUCAGAGCGCAGAAAAUACUCCGGAUUCUCUGGCUCUUGUGCCAGUGCAAGACAAUGCGCAUGAAUCUUCCAGGAGACAGAACAGCGCCCUUCAGCGCAAUACAAUGACAGUUCGGGCGGAAAAACUUAAAAGAGAAAAUUUGCGUUUUCAAGGCACACCAUCAGGAACCCAGAAAUUCUAGGAAACAAGUAGUUUCGCUUCUCGAAUAUAGAAAUCUGUGAGCAUUUCAGAAUCUAUAUAUGAUGCUUACAUCUAGCUUUCAACCCAUAUUUUGUACAACCCGGCGUACAACAAAACUUGUAAAGCUAAAUCUGCUAUACCAAUGCUAUUGUAAUCUUUCCUAUACAAUGUUUGCAAUCUGUUUGAAAUUCUUCUGGUA